CUAUUUUAAUAACCUCUCAAAACAAAAGAAACAAGUCAUGGAGAAGAAUGGGAAUAACAGAAAGCUUCGGGUUUGCGUUGCUACUUGCAACCGUGCUGAUUAUUCUAAACUUGCCCCGAUCAUGUUUGGCAUUAAAAUGGAACCUGAGUUCUUUGAACUUGAUGUGGUGGUACUUGGCUCUCACCUGAUAGAUGACUACGGGAACACAUACCGCAUGAUUGAACAAGAUGACUUUGACAUUAACACCAGGCUACACACAAUUGUUAGAGGGGAAGAUGAGGCAGCCAUGGUGGAAUCAGUGGGCUUGGCCCUAGUGAAGCUACCAGAUGUCCUUAAUCGCUUGAAGCCUGAUAUCAUGAUUGUUCAUGGAGACAGGUUUGAUGCCCUGGCUCUGGCUACAUCUGCUGCCUUGAUGAAUAUCCGAAUCCUUCAUAUUGAAGGUGGGGAAGUCAGUGGGACCAUUGAUGAUUCUAUCAGACAUGCCAUAACAAAACUGGCUCAUUAUCAUGUAUGCUGCACCCGAAGUGCAGAGCAACACCUGAUAUCCAUGUGUGAGGACCAUGACCGCAUCCUUCUGGCGGGCUGCCCUUCCUAUGACAAGCUUCUCUCUGCCAAGAACAAAGACUACAUGAGCAUCAUUCGGAUGUGGUUAGGUGAUGAUGUAAAAUCUAAAGAUUACAUUGUUGCGCUACAGCACCCUGUGACCACUGACAUUAAGCAUUCCAUAAAAAUGUUUGAAUUAACAUUGGAUGCGCUUAUCUCAUUUAACAAGCGGACCCUAGUUCUGUUUCCAAACAUUGAUGCAGGGAGCAAAGAAAUGGUUCGAGUGAUGCGGAAGAAGGGCAUUGAGCAUCAUCCCAAUUUCCGUGCAGUUAAACAUGUCCCAUUUGACCAGUUCAUACAGUUGGUCGCCCACGCUGGUUGUAUGAUUGGGAACAGCAGCUGUGGAGUACGAGAGGUUGGAGCUUUUGGAACACCUGUGAUCAAUCUAGGAACACGUCAGAUUGGAAGAGAAACAGGCGAGAAUGUCCUUCAUGUCCGGGAUGCUGAUACCCAAGACAAAAUACUGCAAGCAUUGCACCUUCAGUUUGGUAAACAAUACCCUUGUUCAAAGAUCUAUGGGGAUGGAAAUGCUGUUCCGAGGAUUUUGAAGUUUCUUAAAUCUAUUGAUCUUCAGGAGCCAUUACAAAAGAAAUUCUGCUUUCCUCCUGUGAAGGAGAAUAUCUCUCAAGAUAUUGACCAUAUUCUUGAAACUCUAAGUGCCUUGGCUGUUGAUCUCGGUGGGACAAACCUUCGAGUUGCAAUAGUCAGCAUGAAGGGUGAAAUUGUUAAGAAGUAUACUCAGUUCAAUCCUAAAACCUAUGAAGAGAGGAUUAAUUUAAUCCUACAGAUGUGUGUAGAAGCUGCAGCAGAAGCUGUAAAACUGAACUGCAGAAUUUUGGGAGUAGGUAUUUCUACGGGUGGCCGUGUAAAUCCUCGGGAAGGAAUUGUGCUGCACUCAACCAAACUGAUUCAAGAAUGGAACUCCGUGGACCUCAGGACCCCCCUCUCUGACACCUUGCAUCUCCCCGUGUGGGUGGACAAUGAUGGCAAUUGUGCUGCCCUGGCGGAAAGGAAAUUUGGCCAAGGAAAGGGCCUGGAAAACUUUGUGACACUUAUCACAGGCACAGGAAUUGGCGGGGGCAUCAUCCAUCAACACGAGCUGAUCCACGGAAGCUCCUUCUGUGCUGCAGAAUUUGGCCAUCUUGUUGUGUCUCUGGAUGGGCCUGAUUGUUCCUGUGGAAGUCAUGGAUGUAUUGAAGCAUACGCCUCUGGAAUGGCCUUGCAGAGGGAAGCAAAAAAGCUACAUGAUGAGGACCUUCUCUUGGUGGAAGGGAUGUCAGUACUGAAAGACGAGGCCGUGAGCGCAGUCCAUCUCAUCCAAGCUGCGAAACUUGGCAACGCGAAGGCCCAGAGCAUCUUGAGAACAGCUGGAACGGCUUUGGGUCUUGGGGUUGUGAACAUCCUCCACACCAUAAAUCCCUCCCUUGUGAUCCUCUCUGGAGUCCUAGCCAGUCACUACAUCCACAUUGUCAAAGACGUCAUCCGCCAGCAAGCCUUGUCCUCGGUUCAGGAUGUGGACGUGGUGGUUUCGGAUUUGGUGGAUCCUGCCCUGCUCGGUGCCGCGAGCAUGGUUCUGGACUACACAACUCGCAGGAUCUGCUAAGGCUCUGGGGAGUGGACCUGGACCGAGACUCAGAGCUUCUUUGUGGAAUCAGGUUGUCUUUUAGACGAGCGUUUCUUAAAAAGCAGUUUUGGUAUUUAAAUUUGGUAUUUGGCAGGUGACUUCGGCAGUUAAUUUUUUGCUUUUAGCCUCCUCUUCUGAAGUCACCUUUCCCAGCCCUCACUUUUGUAGAUGCUGCUCUUUCUGGGGUCAUUUCCGCUCAAACCCUGUAAGUACCAGCCACAAUCUUCUGUGCCAAAGGAGCUCUGAUCGUAGACAAGGACGCCUCAGGGCUCUGCUUACCAGAUGGACCGCGUAGACCUGCAGGCCUUGCCUGAGGCGGGGCCUCGAGGCUGGAGUGUGGAUCACUCAUCCUUCCUCCUCUGACCCUAAACUCAGAUUUUGCAGAAAGGGAUCUGGUCAGGAAACAGAAGGAAAUCUCACUGUGAAAGGCUUAAGUAAAUUUUUUUUAAAAACAGCUUUACUGAGGUAUUUUUAAAAAUGUACAGUUUGAUAAGCUUUGACAUGUAUACACCUGUGAAACCAUCACCACAAUCAAGACAUUGGACACCUCUGUCACCCCCAAAUGUUGUUUGCUUAACGAUGUUAUUUAUUACUCUUGCAGAAUCUUGAGCAACUUUAGGGAUUUGAAUGACAGUGGCCCUGCUGACCUUGUCCUUAUCUUCUUAAGGACAGCUGAGAAGCCACUAGGACUUACAGCCUCUGAAAGGAGAUUAACCAUCUCCGAAGGAUCCUUGCUGCUGACAGACACCUCUCCCUUCAGUAACUUUUCAUGCUGAUGUUGAGUAGGACUCUGGAGUAUCUGUUAAGGCAGUGUUUGU